CCACCAAGAGGCUCGAGAGCGGAUAGACCGUAGACGAUCAGAAUUCCUGUCGCAACACUAGAACACUGCACUCACUAACGAUCAGCCUGAGCACAUCUUCAACAGCGUCGCAAGGUGCUGUGACGGCAACCCGCAGCCAUACCCUCUUGAGUCUCCCGGUGCUUUUGGGGAUUGGCAUUGCGGGCAUUGCUGUAUAUGUGGAUAUCCCAACUCGAGCACAGCGAUCCAGAGGAGUGACAUCGCGUUGGUCAAUGCGAUAUCUCUUGCAGACAAUGAUUAUCUGCAGUUGGAUUCUGUGGGAACUGAUUGGGGGACUGAUAGGCUCGCACAGACACAGCGGUUUGCUCCGCGCAUUGAUGCAUCACGAGCACUCGAUCUGGACGAUUUCGACGGACAACGACGACGGCGGUGGAGUGUAUCUUUCGUCGUGUACAUGUACGGUCAUGAUGCUGCCAUCUCAGAUAGCAAUCUCCCACAACCGUUCAGUUGCCCAAAUUUGCGCGACGGUUUACUGGAAAGAAGAUGCUGGUAUGCACAGGGUUGUCGUUGACGGAAAUAGCAAGGUCGUUGUUCUUGACCCGUUCUGUUUGAAACGAAUGAUUUUUUUCCAGCCCUAUCCAGCCAUUUGCGCUACAGGCUAACGGCCCAGGAACCUUUGUUAGCUUUCCCUGUCAGUGGCUGAUUCAGGCGACAGAAUAUCAGAACAUGAGCCUCGUGGCAAAAGGACGAGAUACGUAAUCAAUCUUAUGAUUGAUCUUCAAGUCUUACUCGAACCCCUCA